CCGGAAGUCUCUCUCCAAGUCCGGUCCCCUGCGAAAGGCUCCCCGCUGCGCAUACUCCACUCGCACGCUGGCUGGGUCGGGACCAGAAUGGCGGCCGGAGCGGGAGAUUUCGGGUCGGGGGCCCGGCUGGAUCCGGGAGCACUAAUGGAGCAGGUCAAGGUGCAGAUUGCCGUGGCCAACGCGCAGGAGCUGCUGCAGAGGAUGACGGACAAGUGUUUCCGAAAAUGUAUUGGGAAACCUGGAAGUUCACUUGACAACUCUGAGCAGAAAUGUAUUGCUAUGUGCAUGGACCGGUAUAUGGACGCUUGGAACACCGUCUCACGGGCAUACAACUCUCGAUUGCAGAGGGAGCGAGCCAACAUGUGAGGGGCGAUUGUGAGGUUACAGAGCCCCCAGCCUGGACUGAUCGUGGGGUUUCUAUGCUCAGGGAAAGGGUAUUGGUCGGAAACCUGAACCGUGCGGUUAACUAGGAUGGAAGUGGACAGGACUCUGGCUCUGAAGAUGGGGCUACCUAUGUAUGGCGAGAAUUAAAUGGAAGUUUGGUGUCA